AUGGACCAGCGUCGGGGGCCGAUGGGCUUGGGAUUGGCCGCGGAGAGCGGCCCGUGCGGACCGUCGAGGCCGAAGUUCAACAUCGAUGCGCACAGGCACGUCUUCGCGGAGAAGGCCACGUGGGGAUAUUUGUAUUCGCUAGCCGAGCUGAAUCGAGACGCCUGCGAGAAUCGACCUCCCCUGCAAAGGGCGCUGGAGGGGACGCAGGCGGAUUCAGCAGAUGCCGCAACUCAGGCGUUCCAAAUUCUUGCACAACCACCAAAGAGAGUUCCAUGUCUUGUUGGAAUGCCACAAUCAGGGCGGUUACCUCCAAAGUCAAAUGUGCCCCCAGCCACUGGACAUGUGCCGCCAAAGCCAGUGGGCCCUCCUGUCCAAAGCGAACAGGUGGCACAGCCCAUCCCCACUGGAGGCCAGAUUGAGGCUUACCUUGACGAUGGAGAUGACGACCUGCAGGACAUCGACAUUGAUGCCAUCGUGUCUGAGCACCGUCGAGUGAGCCUCUGCUCCGGAAACUCUGCCCCCCAGAGUCAGGAGAACUGCAGGCAGACAUGGCCAAAUGGUGCAUUGCCCAUGACCUGCACACCUGUGGUUGCAGGUAUUUCAGAGGCAGCAACAUUGCCACAAUGGGAACUGGGAGCCCAUCCACAACAGGCCGGCCAUUGGCAGUUGCCUCAGAUGGCACCUAGUUAUCAGCAGGCACAGGUUGGCCCAGAGCAAAACAUGGGGUCGAAACCACAAAGGGGCAGUUUUGGGUUUCCAGAUGCACAGCACCAAGUGGUCGGAGGUUUGCCUUUGGGACCAUUGGCUCCCAACUGGCAACACACCCCAAACCAUGCUGGUUCAAAGAAUCUGCUAUCGACAGGACCACCUGGUGUAGGAUCUGCACAUGCUCCUUCUGGUGCUGCUGAUAGAUGGGACACUGUCUGGGAAUCAGCGGACUUCACUGACGCUGGCCCCAGCAGGAAUUCCUAUCAACAAUGUCCCAGUCUGCAGGAUCAGAUGCCAUUGGCGGAUGCUGGCGCUGCACCCAUGGAUUGCAUGCAUGAAGAUGCAACAAAGGACCCCAGGUGGAGGGGGGAGUUCCCUUGGAGCAGCCUGUUGAAGCUGCACCUCUCCCAGACAUUUGGCAUACGCAGUUUCCGGCCCAUGCAGCGUGAGAUUAUGUGUGCCUCUUUGAGCGGGCACGACGUGUUCGUGCUGAUGCCCACUGGCGGGGGAAAGAGUCUUUGCUACCAACUACCAGCCGUGAUCGGCGAGGGGGUGACGGUGGUCGUGUCUCCACUUGUGUCCUUAAUCCAGGACCAAGUUGCCCACCUGGAAGGGAACAGGGUGCCGGCAUCUCACCUCAGCGGGCCAUACGACCAAGAGCACUACAGGCAGACGAUGUCCAUGGCUCGAUCAGGAGAGUUGAAGGUUUUAUUUAUCACACCUGAGAAGAUUGCCAGCAGUGGAGCCCUGCUUGGCCUGCUUAAUGAUCUACGGGACAGAAACAUGCUUGAUCGUUUCGUUGUGGACGAGGCGCACUGCGUCAGUUCAUGGGGUCAUGACUUUCGGAAGGACUACAUCAGGCUGCGGUGCUUCAAGGAAAUGUAUCCAACUGUGCCAAUCAUGGCACUGACUGCAACUGCCACCGCCAGGGUCAGUCAUGAUAUUCGGCAGCAGCUAAGAAUUCCAAAGUGUCUGGUGUUCAAGUCAAGCUUCAACAGGCCAAACCUCAGAUAUGAGGUCAGAAAGAAGUCGCCAAAGACCGUCAUUGAUGACAUCACAAGUCUGCUUGGGGAGAGGUUCACAGGCAAUGAUGGGCGCAUCCAGAGUGGGAUCAUAUACUGCCUGUCAAAGAAGGAGUGUGAGGAUGUAGCAGGCAAGCUGAGCCGCUUGAAGCAGCGGAAUGGCCGCAAGCUUUCAAUAAGGCAUUACCAUGCUGGACAGAAUCACCAGGAGAGGGAGGAGACACAGCUGAUGUGGAGCAACAAUGAGAUACAGGUCAUUGUUGCCACCAUCGCGUUUGGCAUGGGCAUCGACAAGCCGGAUGUGCGGUUUGUAAUCCACUACUCCCUCCCCAAGUCCCUUGAGGGAUACCUGCAGGAGUCUGGACGGGCAGGCAGGGAUGGUAGGAAGUCAUGGUGCAUCCUCUACUACAAUUAUGGCGACUCAAGACGCAUAACAUUCCUCCUUGAGACAGGUGCCAAGGAGAACAACGUGACAAAGGAGCAACAAGAGCACAAUCGCACCGCCCUUGAUGCAAUGAGGUGCUAUGCCGAGGAGCAGGUUCAGUGUCGGAGGGUCCUCCUGCUAAACUACUUUGGAGAGAAGUUCACAAAGGACAAGUGCAGGGGAACAUGCGACCUGUGUGAGAAUAAUCAAGGGAAGUCGUUCCAUGAAAAGGAUAUGACGGAACAGGCAAAGAGCCUCGUCAUGGUCGUCAAUGCAUUGCGGCUGAGGGCAACUCGCAGCUACCUCAUAGACGUGUUCAGAGGUUCAAUGGCAAAGAAGGUGCUGAAAUACCGAGAUGACAAACUCCAGCACCAUGGUGCUGGCAAGGACCUCACAAAAACCGAGGCGGAGAGGCUGCUUGGGAAACUGCUGGAACAAAAUGUUCUGGAAGAGCAGACUUACAGGCAGCAAAACGAGUUUCAGUCUAUUGGGUGCAGACUGCUUGUCAACCAAUGCAGGGCGUCAACCGUUUUCAACGGAAUGUUGAAGAUCACUCUGCCAUAUCUGUCAACAGCAUUCAGCGGAGGUGCUGGUGCUGACGCUUCCGAACCGGAAGGAGACUUUGACGAAAUCGAACCGGAUGCUGAGGAUGAACACUUCCAGACAGCAAGAGCAGCACUGCAGGAUCUAUUCCACCUGAUGGCAGUCCAGAAAGGCCAAGAAAAGAAGAUGCACCUCCUCAUUCAUCCCAACAACAUUGCCAAAAUAGCCGCCAUCAACCCAAAGAACGAAAAGCAGUUCCUGGAUUCAGAAGUGAAGGGCCUCUCUACCAACAAGAAGAAGUUGUAUUGGAAGGGGAUUGAUAUCGUCCUUCGUGAUGUGGAGCACUUCAUGAAGAGAAAGGAAUCUGGCCAGGAGCCCAGGGAAUCGACCUAUAAAUUGGAUGAAGCCACUGUCAGAGACUUUCUGUGCCCCUGGCGAACGAAGAACUCAGGGAUAAAGCGCCAGAGAACGAAAAUGACGGCCAUACAGCCACCACCACAGGGGACACCAGGCAUCCAGGGCCGCACAUCAGAGACUCCUCCAAAUCCCUUCUCAGGCUAUGUGGCAAGAAACAGCGGUGCAGCGACGCCCAUGGCAGGGUCAGCACAGCCUCCGGUGACAUAUGGGCCUUACAUCGAUGAUGACUAUGACUGGUAA